AUGACAGACCUCGAAGCAGCACAGUCUGCUUACGAACAAGUCUGGGCGUCUUCAGACUACACCAAUGUCCUGAACGCCAGAUACAUCUUGGCAACAGCCAUGCCGGCUGCAACGCAGCCGUGGAGAGAGUUCCUCCGAAGAUGCGAUCAACUGCUAGAGAAUGUCGAUCCGAAUACUAGAUGGGACCUCGCGGGAAAGCUGCUAGGCAAGAAGAAUGGAAAGUUGUUCGGGGAUGUCAAGCCAGCAUGGAUAGAACCUCUUCCUCCCUAUCUUUGGACAAGCGGCAUCGGACUAUGCACGUCCUUUGCGAUCGCAACAAACGAGCAUGCGAGCAUCGAUGCCGCUUACAUCGAAUAUCCCGCAGCACAUCGCAUAGCAAGCAAGUCCGAUGAAUCCCAAUCGGCCGUUGUCAUCGAUUCUGGUCCCGGCUAUGCGUUUGAGCUGGCGGAAGGGGAGUCCAUCAGCAAUUGGGAGAAUCGCUCCGGAAACGUCUGGUGGAGGAACGGCGGUAAGAUGAUCGAGCCUGUCAACAUAGCGACAGCCGAAGAGGCCAUGAAGCUGUGUUUGGAUCAGCUAUGGAAAAAAUGCCGAUGCCUCUUGGUUCUUCACCGAGGCCCUGUAGUAGAUGCCUGCGGCACUUGGGGAGCUAUGACAAUGUUUUCUGGGUUUCACCGAGCUUUCAGACUUCAGGAACCCGCUCGAGACGGAGUUGUCUCGAUAAGAUACAUUGUCUUUAGUAAAGGCACUCUGGAAGAUCUGGACGACUGCAUGGCUAUCCUUACUGACUGGAUGAUGCUGCGUCGUCCUCUUAUGGAAGAAACAGCGAAGCGUCUCUUGUCUGAGAUGCUAGAACUGUUUUCAGAUGCAUCAGACAUUUGGGGUAGUCCCAGAGUGUCUAUUGCGGAGAGGGUGACUGACGACGGAAAAGCGCAUCGAAGUUGGCCUGAUGCGAAAUUCGAGGAGUAG